AUGCAGAAUCGUGGCGACGUACCCGACGAUGACCAGACCUUGUUGCCGUGGAAAGAAAAAGUGGAUUGGUCCUUGAACGGUACGAAUGGCGUGGUUUACAAAUGUAUUCCAGGACCCCGAACUCCAAGACUUGCAAAGUUACAUGUUGCACCGACUUUUCUCGUACGGCCGCAAGACCAGAAAGCACCAAUUGGAUCACAAGUUGAAUUCCACUGCAGUGAUUUCAGUGCCAUCGGUCCACCUGUUCCAUACAUUCACUGGCUGAAAAAUGGGGAAGUAAUUAGAUGGAAAGCUCCUGAAAGUGCAUACUCAGUGCUUGUCGUUAACGUAACUGAGGAUGCAGCUGGCAACUACACCUGCCAUUCAAGAAACAGCGUUGGAAUUAGCAAGUCUAGGCCUCUUGACCCAAGUUUGGGUGGAUUUCAUUUUAUGAAUAACGGAAGCUUAAUUGUCACCGACGUUGAUGCUGAUACGGCCGACAACUUGAAAUUGUACAUGUGCAAAGUUCGUGGACGAAGAAAGCCAAGCAUCGCCUUUACGGUAGAGCUCGAAGAUGAAUUACCCGUUGUGACAGUACAACCUAAAGAAAUCACCCUCAUUCCUGGUGACUCCCUGCAGCUAUCUUGCAAACUUCGGGGCUCGCCGCUCACAACUAAGAUCGAAUGGACAAAGAAUGAUCAAAAAAUCAUUCCGGACGAGAUUGUGCAAAUAUUGGUAGCAUCUCAUUGCAUUCAAUAAGAAGAAGUCCUGGCAACAUUCCCCCCAACGGCUUAUUCACCUGAAACAACAAGACCAGCAACGAUUACCAUUGCCAGAACAGAUCUUCCAACGCUUUCUUCGUUUGUGGAAGCCACAACAGCAGAGACCCUUGCAACCACAGUUGAAGGAUCCGGCGAUUACGAAUACUUGGAUGGAGAAGGAGAA